AUGCAGCCGGCGAUUACAGCAGAAUAUGAUGAGCUCGACGCGCGACAGAUUACAGCAGAAUAUGAUGAGCUCGACGCGCGACAGAUUACAGCAGAAUAUGAUGAGCUCGACGCGCGACAGAUUACAGCAGAAUAUGAUGAGCUCGACGCGCGACAGAUUACAGCAGAAUAUGAUGAGCUCGACGCGCGACAGAUUACAGCAGAAUAUGAUGAGCUCGACGCGCGACAGAUUACAGCAGAAUAUGAUGAGCUCGACGCGCGACAGAUUACAGCAGAAUAUGAUGAGCUCGACGCGCGACAGAUUACAGCAGAAUAUGAUGAGCUCGACGCGCGACAGAUUACAGCAGAAUAUGAUGAGCUCGACGCGCGACAGAUUACAGCAGAAUAUGAUGAGCUCGACGCGCGACAGAUUACAGCAGAAUAUGAUGAGCUCGACGCGCGACAGAUUACAGCAGAAUAUGAUGAGCUCGACGCGCGACAGAUUACAGCAGAAUAUGAUGAGCUCGACGCGCGACAGAUUACAGCAGAAUAUGAUGAGCUCGACGCGCGACAGAUUACAGCAGAAUAUGAUGAGCUCGACGCGCGACAGAUUACAGCAGAAUAUGAUGAGCUCGACGCGCGACAGAUUACAGCAGAAUAUGAUGAGCUCGACGCGCGACAGAUUACAGCAGAAUAUGAUGAGCUCGACGCGCGACAGAUUACAGCAGAAUAUGAUGAGCUCGACGCGCGACAGAUUACAGCAGAAUAUGAUGAGCUCGACGCGCGACAGAUUACAGCAGAAUAUGAUGAGCUCGACGCGCGACAGAUUACAGCAGAAUAUGAUGAGCUCGACGCGCGACAGAUUACAGCAGAAUAUGAUGAGCUCGACGCGCGACAGAUUACAGCAGAAUAUGAUGAGCUCGACGCGCGACAGAUUACAGCAGAAUAUGAUGAGCUCGACGCGCGACAGAUUACAGCAGAAUAUGAUGAGCUCGACGCGCGACAGAUUACAGCAGAAUAUGAUGAGCUCGACGCGCGACAGAUUACAGCAGAAUAUGAUGAGCUCGACGCGCGACAGAUUACAGCAGAAUAUGAUGAGCUCGACGCGCGACAGAUUACAGCAGAAUAUGAUGAGCUCGACGCGCGACAGAUUACAGCAGAAUAUGAUGAGCUCGACGCGCGACAGAUUACAGCAGAAUAUGAUGAGCUCGACGCGCGACAGAUUACAGCAGAAUAUGAUGAGCUCGACGCGCGACAGAUUACAGCAGAAUAUGAUGAGCUCGACGCGCGACAGAUUACAGCAGAAUAUGAUGAGCUCGACGCGCGACAGAUUACAGCAGAAUAUGAUGAGCUCGACGCGCGACAGAUUACAGCAGAAUAUGAUGAGCUCGACGCGCGACAGAUUACAGCAGAAUAUGAUGAGCUCGACGCGCGACAGAUUACAGCAGAAUAUGAUGAGCUCGACGCGCGACAGAUUACAGCAGAAUAUGAUGAGCUCGACGCGCGACAGAUUACAGCAGAAUAUGAUGAGCUCGACGCGCGACAGAUUACAGCAGAAUAUGAUGAGCUCGACGCGCGACAGAUUACAGCAGAAUAUGAUGAGCUCGACGCGCGACAGAUUACAGCAGAAUAUGAUGAGCUCGACGCGCGACAUAUUACAGCAGAAUAUGAUGAGCUCGACGCGCGACAGAUUACAGCAGAAUAUGAUGAGCUCGACGCGCGACAGAUUACAGCAGAAUAUGAUGAGCUCGACGCGCGACAGAUUACAGCAGAAUAUGAUGAGCUCGACGCGCGACAGAUUACAGCAGAAUAUGAUGAGCUCGACGCGCGACAGAUUACAGCAGAAUAUGAUGAGCUCGACGCGCGACAGAUUACAGCAGAAUAUGAUGAGCUCGACGCGCGACAGAUUACAGCAGAAUAUGAUGAGCUCGACGCGCGACAGAUUACAGCAGAAUAUGAUGAGCUCGACGCGCGACAGAUUACAGCAGAAUAUGAUGAGCUCGACGCGCGACAGAUUACAGCAGAAUAUGAUGAGCUCGACGCGCGACAGAUUACAGCAGAAUAUGAUGAGCUCGACGCGCGACAGAUUACAGCAGAAUAUGAUGAGCUCGACGCGCGACAGAUUACAGCAGAAUAUGAUGAGCUCGACGCGCGACAGAUUACAGCAGAAUAUGAUGAGCUCGACGCGCGACAGAUUACAGCAGAAUAUGAUGAGCUCGACGCGCGACAGAUUACAGCAGAAUAUGAUGAGCUCGACGCGCGACAGAUUACAGCAGAAUAUGAUGAGCUCGACGCGCGACAGAUUACAGCAGAAUAUGAUGAGCUCGACGCGCGACAGAUUACAGCAGAAUAUGAUGAGCUCGACGCGCGACAGAUUACAGCAGAAUAUGAUGAGCUCGACGCGCGACAGAUUACAGCAGAAUAUGAUGAGCUCGACGCGCGACAGAUUACAGCAGAAUAUGAUGAGCUCGACGCGCGACAGAUUACAGCAGAAUAUGAUGAGCUCGACGCGCGACAGAUUACAGCAGAAUAUGAUGAGCUCGACGCGCGACAGAUUACAGCAGAAUAUGAUGAGCUCGACGCGCGACAGAUUACAGCAGAAUAUGAUGAGCUCGACGCGCGACAGAUUACAGCAGAAUAUGAUGAGCUCGACGCGCGACAGAUUACAGCAGAAUAUGAUGAGCUCGACGCGCGACAGAUUACAGCAGAAUAUGAUGAGCUCGACGCGCGACAGAUUACAGCAGAAUAUGAUGAGCUCGACGCGCGACAGAUUACAGCAGAAUAUGAUGAGCUCGACGCGCGACAGAUUACAGCAGAAUAUGAUGAGCUCGACGCGCGACAGAUUACAGCAGAAUAUGAUGAGCUCGACGCGCGACAGAUUACAGCAGAAUAUGAUGAGCUCGACGCGCGACAGAUUACAGCAGAAUAUGAUGAGCUCGACGCGCGACAGAUUACAGCAGAAUAUGAUGAGCUCGACGCGCGACAGAUUACAGCAGAAUAUGAUGAGCUCGACGCGCGACAGAUUACAGCAGAAUAUGAUGAGCUCGACGCGCGACAGAUUACAGCAGAAUAUGAUGAGCUCGACGCGCCUGCGCCUGCGCCCGCCCCCGCCCCCGCAUAG